AUGCUCAACUUUACUGAUGUAACAGAAUUUAUCCUUUUAGGAUUAACUAGUCGUCCUGAAUUACAAUUCCUUUUCUUUGUGGUUUUCCUGUUGGUCUACAUUAUCACCUUGAUUGGCAACAUUGGCAUGAUCAUAUUAAUCAGGAUCAGUCCUCAGCUCAACAGUCCCAUGUACUUUUUCCUCAGUCACCUAUCUUUUGCAGAUGUGUGGUUCUCUUCUAAUGUCACUCCUAAAAUGCUGGAAAAUUUAGUAUCUGAGACAAAAACUAUUUCCUAUGCUGGCUGUAUAGUGCAGUGCUUCUUCUUCAUUGCUUUUGUCCAUGUGGAAGUCUUCAUUCUGGCUGUGAUGGCCUUCGAUAGGUACAUGGCAAUUGGCAACCCCCUCCUGUAUGGCAGCAGGAUGUCAAGAACCAUCUGUAUCCGGCUGAUCUCUUUCCCUUAUGUGUAUGGCUUCUUCAUCAGUCUGAUCUCAACGCUGUGGACCCAUGGUCUGUACUUCUGUGGAAACAUUGAGAUCAACCACUUCUACUGUGCAGAUCCUGCUCUCAUCAAAAUGGCCUGCACAGGGACCUUCAUUAAAGAAUACACCAUGCGCACAUUAGCAGGUCUCAAUUUUUCUUACUCUUUACUGGUCAUUAUUGUCUCUUACAUUUUUAUCCUUAUUGCUAUCCUGAGAAUGCAUUCUGCUGAAGGAAGGAAGAAAGCCUUCUCCACCUGUGGAUCACAUUUGACAGCAGUCACCAUAUUUUAUGGAACUCUCUUCUUCAUGUAUCUCAGAAGCCCAACAGAGGAGUCUGUGGAGCAGGGAAAGAUGGUGGCUGUUUUCUACACCACAGUAAUUCCUAUGUUGAAUCCUAUGAUCUACAGUCUCAGGAACAAGGAUGUGAAGGAGGCCAUGAACAAGGCCAUCAGUAGAGCAUUUUUAACUAAAUAA